UGUGGAGAUUUCAUGUUCAACAGAUUGUAUUUUCAAUGAUUAUGUAAUAAUAAUGUGUAGACUUUUUUUAAAAGAAGAACAGAAAAUUUGUGAAAUAUCAAAUAAUGAUAAUGAAAGAAUAGUAUAUAAUACUGGAAAUUAUAGAUUAAUAAUGGUAAUAGAUUAUAUGGAUUGGAUGUAUCAAAGUCAUAUCGAAGCUCAAAAUAUUGAUGAUAAAAUUGAUUUGGGGGAUAUGUUUGAAAGAUAUAAUUCUGGUCAUCCAGUUAUGAUUUCGGGUGGAAGUAUUGAAGUAGCAUAUCAUCCAGAUAUGACAGAUGUUAACAAUAUUCAUACAUUUUCUCAAAUAGUUGUAGAUCAAAUUAUGGAUAAAAUGCCAAAACCU